CUAUGAAGUUCUUUCAAUUUUUAUUGCGCUUCGGUUUUCAUUGUAUACAGUUAUAAGAAUGUGUAACAAAUAAAAUCAAGCAACCUAAUUUUGUUUAUUGUUAAUAUUUGAAUUCUAAUUUUAGGUUAGAAAAUGGAUGACUCUUCGUCUUCUUUGGCCUAUUCGGCAACGCAACUUUUGGAAAGAACUGAUGAAAUGUCAGAAAGUCAAACAUCAGAGACUGUCAAAAGAAAGCAGGUUGGAGUUUUGAUAAUAAAAGAUAAAGAGCAUCCAAUUUAUACAGGAGUAAAUACUAUUGGCAGACAUAUUUCAAAUCAGAUUGUAGUCAAAGAUGCGUCGGUAUCAAAGCAUCAUGCCGAAAUCGAAGGUAGAAAACAAUUAUGUUUCCUUACAGAUUUAAAAUCCUUAAACGGAAGUUUUGAUCGAUUUAAGGGAAAAUUUUUACCUAACAGAGGUUAUGAGCUAAUAAAUGGAAGUACGAUAAAAUUUGGACAAAUUGAAGCUACAUUAAAACAUUUUUUCACUGACGGAAAUUUAAUGAGAACACCGAUAAAUAUGAGGAUAAAUAAAAUAAUUGCCAGUACACCGGAAUCAGUUUUGAACAACACCCAUGAUGAAUCUUCUGUAGUUUAUGGAACACAAGCUGCUGAAAAUCAAGCUCCAGAAGAAAUGGAAUUAUAUUCUCAUCUUCCGUGCAAUGAAAGUUCAACAUCAUUUAAUAAAAUUGGAGAAGAAUCAACAAAUUCAAAGAAAAGUCCAAGAUUUUCUGAUAAUUCAAAUAUUAUACCUGAUUCCGAUUCAGAUGAAGAAGGAAUUUUCGAAAAACAAACACAAAAAAUAAUUGAUAAAAAACAAAUUCCAAUUGUUAAUAAAACAAAAAAUAUUGUCGAAAAUUCAUCAAAUAUUCAUCAAGAAAAAAAUGAAGUUGCAACAAUUUAUUCAAAAGUCGAAGAUUCUGAUAAAGAAGUUUUUAAGGAACCAAUUAAAAAAAUUCCCGAUAAAAAUGAUAGUAUACAUGAAUAUGAAACUCAAGUAUUUACAAAAAAUGAUAUUCAUGAAAUGAAGACUCAAACAUUUUUAAGUCCAUCCACAAGAAUAUCAUUAAAAUCAAAAAAUAAUUCAAAAAUCGAAGAUUCAGAUACAGAUGAAGAGGGAAUUUUUGAAAAAGCAACGCAACAAAUUUCUAAAAAUUUAUACAAAAUUCACGAAGAAAAUACAAAACAAAAAUCAAAAGAUGAAGAUUCCGAAACAGAUGAAGAGGGAAUAUUUAAUGAACCAACGCAACAAAUUUCAAUAAAAUUAAAUAAAAUUCAUGAAAAAGAAAUUGAAAACAAUUCAAUUCAUGAAAAUUCAAAAAAUAAUUCAGAUACAGAUGGAAUAUUCAUGGAACCAACACAAAAAUUUACAACAUCAUCACCAAAAAGAAAAAGUAAAAUUUCCGAGAAUCCAAAUAUUGUACCUGAUUCAGAGAGCGAUGAAGAUGAUAUUAAUAUCGCUAAAUCAAAUGAUAAUAUUCAUGAUAAUGAAACACAAGUAUUUUCAAAAUCAGAUAAUAUCCAUGAAGAUAAAACACAAACAUUUUUGAAUUCAUCGACAAAAGUAAAUGAAGAUCCAAAAGAAUAUUCAAAUAAUUUAGAAACUGAAAUUAAUUUUGAGGGACCAACUCAAAAAAUCAUUGAUAAUGUCCAUGAAAUUGAGACUCAAGUAUUCACAACAAAAUCAGAUAAAACUCAACCAUUUUCAAGUCCAACAGGAACUUUAAAAACAUAUUCACGAAAAUCACUGAAAAAUUAUUCAAAAAGCUUUCAAGAUAAUAAUGAAGAUGAAACUGUAUUUGAUAAUAUUCACGAAGAAAAAACCCAAAUGCUUUUGAGUCCAUCGUUAAAGUUGAAAAAAUCUGCAAAAUUUGCGGAAAAUUUUGAAUCAGAUGAAAUUGAUUUUGAUGGACCAACGCAAAAAGUUCCGAAUAUUAUUCACGAAGACGAAAAUAAAUCAGAUAAUAUUCAUGAAGAUAAAACUCAAACCUUUUUGAGUACCAGUGCCAAUUUAUCGAAAAAAUCUGUAAAAUUUUCGGAAAAUUUAGAAUCAGAUGAAAUUGAUUUCGAUGGACCAACGCAAAAAGUUACGGAUAUUAUUCAUGAAGACGAAACAGAAUUAUCUUCAAAAUCAGAUAAUAUCCAUGAAGAUAAAACUCAAGCCUUUUUGAGUCCCAGUGCAAGUUCAUCGAAAAAAUCUGCAAAAUUUUCGGAAAAUUUAGAAUCAGAUGAAAUUGAUUUCGAUGGACCAACGCAAAAAAUUACCGAUAAUAUUCAAGAAGAUGAAACAGAAUUAUCUUCAAAAUCAGAUAAUAUCCACGAAGAUAAAACUCAAGUCUUUUUGAGUCCAAGUGCAAAUUCAUCGUUGAAAUUGAAAAAAUCUUCAAAAUUUUUGGAAAAUUUAGAAUCAGAUGAAAUUGAUUUCGAUGGACCAACGCAAAAAAUUACCGAUAAUAUUCAAGAAGAUGAAACAGAAUUAUCUUCAAAAUCAGAUAAUAUCCAUGAAGAUAAAACUCAAGUCUUUUUGAGCCCAAGUGCAAAUUCAUCGAAAAAAUCUGCAAAAUUUUCGGAAAAUUUAGAAUCAGAUGAAAUUGAUUUCGAAGGACCAACGCAAAAAGUUUCCGACAAUAUUCAAGAAGAUGAAACAGAAUUAUCUUCAAAAUCAGAAUCGUUGAAUUUGGAAAUAUCUCCAAAAGAAUCAGCGGAAAUUGAUAUUGAUGGACGGACGCAAAAAAUUUCCCCAAACGAUGAAAAUAAAAUUCAUCAAGAUGAAACACAAUUAUUUUCAAAAUUUUCAGUGAAAUCGAAAGAAGUUGAAAAAGAAAAUUCAAAAAUCUUCGAAACAGAUGAAAUUGAUUUUGAUGGACUCACGCAAAAAUUACCAAUAAAAUCCAUUGAUUUUCAAGAAACAAUUGAUGAUAAAAAUCAAAAUAAAUCAGAUAAUGAAGAUUCUGACACUGAUGAGGAAGGUGUUUUUGAAGAAACGAAUAAAAUUCCUAUAAAAUUAGAUAAAAUUCAAAUGGCAAAGAAUCAAUCAGAAAAAGAAGAAUCCGAUACUGAUGAAGAAGGAAUUUUCGAAGGUUCAACACACGAAACUUCAACUAAUUUGGAUAAAAUUCAAGAAUCUGAAAUUUUAGAAAAUAAUCCAGAAAUUGAAGAAUCCAAUACUGAAAAUUCCAAAACACCAUUAGCGGGAAGUUCAAAAACACCGGAAAUAGAUUUCGCUAUAGAAAAAAAAGAAAAAGUUUUAGAUCCCGAAACAAAUGAUAUUUCCACAUCAGUACUAGAUUCUUCUCCAUCCAAACAAAACAGUAAAAAAAUUACUGAUUUCACUGGAUUUAGUCCAAGACGUUCAAAAAGAUCAACAAUUAUUCACGAAAAAGUUGAAAAUAUUUUUAAAAAAUGUAAAACAAAUUCAAAAACUACAAAAAAAUCAAUUCAAAAUUCAAAAUCAAUAUCUGAAAAUAAUUCAAAAAAAAUCAAAUCAUCAUCAACAAAUGUAGAUGUAACAAAUGUAAAUGAAAAUUCAGACGCCGAAGUUGAAUCAAUAUUUAAAAAUAAAAAUUCCAAAAUAGAAGAUAAAAUAAAUUCAAAUAAUGAAAAAGUUCAACCAUCAACGAGUAGACAAUUAUUUUCAGAAAAAGAAGAUUUGAAAAAAAAUUUGAAACGAAAAUCAUCGCAGACAAUUUCAUCAAAUUCACGAAAAUCUCCAAGAAUAUCUAAAGUUGAAACUAAUCAACAAAUUUCAACUCCUAAAAAACAAAUUCCCAAAUCUCCAAUAAAAAAAAAAGAAAAUUCUUCUUCGUCAGCAAAUUAUGAAAUGAAAUCGCGAUUGGCUAGUGUUGAAAAUUUAGAAUAUGAAACAGCGGCAACACAACCAAUAGACGAUAUUGAAAAAAACGAAACAAUUCAAGUGAAAAAAACUUUAAAAAGUCCAAAGAAAGAAAAAUCAACGCCCACUAGAAGAUCAAUAAGACUGAAUGACACCAUUGAAGAGAAUUUAAAUGAAAUGUUCGAGGGUACAUCUGAGGAGAUUGUGGAACCUCAUCAGAUGUUAACUCAACAAGUGAAGAAUAUUUUAGAAGCAAGUCAAUUGUGUGACGAAGCAUCAACAUCAAAUGUCACUUCUAAAAUCAACGAAUCAACAGGAGGAUCACACAAAUCGCCUCAGGUAAACAUUGGAUCGCCAAGGAUGUCGAUGUUGAAUAUUCAAGUUGAAAAACCAUUGAAAAAACGCGCAUUAAGAACAAGUGAAAAUAAAGAGGAAAUGGGAAAAAAUAAACGUGCCAAAAAAGAUGAGAAUUUUGAUGAUGAUUCUUUAAAAUCAAAAGGAAGACCUAAAAAAAAUACAAACAGUGAUAAUUCAUCAAAUUCUGUAAUUAAUGAUUCAGAAGAAAUUUCAAAUGAGGUGAAAAAAAGUUUCAAAAUUACGAUAAAACCAAAGAGAACAAGAAAUAAAAAAACAAAAGAGCCUACAAUUGAUGUUCUUAAUUCCUCCAGUUCAAUUAUGGAUGAUUCAGAAGAGAAUUUAAAUUCAAUUCAAGUGAAAGGAGAAAAUUCAAAAAGAACAAGAACUAAAAGAACGAUAAAAGAUGCUACAAUUGAUAUUCCAAAUUCUUCCAAUUCAAUGGCAGAUGACUCAGAAAUUACAAAUUCAAAUCCAAUUAAAACGAAAAUUCCAAUUAAUUCCAAAAUUAAAAAAACUAGAACUCUAAAAGAGGCUGCUAUUGAUGUUCCAAAUUCUUCCAAUUCAAUGGCAGAUGAUUCAGAAAUUACAAAUUCAAAUCCAAUUAAAACGAAAAUUCCAAUUAAUUCCAAAAUUAAAAAAACUAGAACUCUAAAAGAGGCUGCUAUUGAUGUUCCCAAUUCUUCCAAUUCAAUGGCAGAUGAUUUAGAAGAGAUUUCAAAUUCAAAUCCAAUUCCCGUAAAUUCUAAAAUUAAAAAAACUAGAACUCCAAAAGAGGCUGCAAUUAAUCUUCCAAAUUCCUCCAAUUCAACGGCUGAUGAUUUAGAAGAGCUUCCAAAUUCAAAUUCAAUUAAGACGAAAAUUCCCCAAAAUUCCAAAAUUACAAGAACCAGAAAACAAAAAUCAACUGUAAAUUCAUCAAAUUCCAUAGUUGAAGAUUCGGAAGAUUCGGAAGAAAUUCCAAAUUCAAAUCAAAUUAAGGCAAAUAUUCCAAUAAAUCAAAAAAGAACAAGAACAAAAAAAACAAAUGACAUUUCUAAUUCCUUGAGUUCAACAAAUGAAGAAUCGAAAGAAAUUUUAAAAUUACCGACAAAAAGAAGAACACGAAAAAAUACAAAUGAUAUUUCUAUUAAUUCAUCAAGUUCAAUGAAUGAAAAUGUUGCCGAUGUUUCAAAUUUAAAUCAAACGAAAGAAAUAUCAAAAUUGCCGAUAAUUAACAAAAAACCAAGAAUUACAAAAAAAGGAAAAAUUGACACAAUUUCCAAUAAUACAUCAUCAAAUUCCUUAGUUGAUAAUACAUUAAGUGAAUCGUCAUUAUCUGAAAAAAUAAUUGAACCAAAGAAAACUCGUGGGAGAAAACCAAAAAAUCAAGGAGAAAAUUCAAAAUUAGAAAAUUUAUCAACAAAUUCUUCAAUAUUAUCAUUGGCCGAUAGUGAUUUAAAUUCAUCAACUGCUUCAACUUCAUCAAGAGCAAAGAGAAGCAGAUUUAGUUCUCCUUCUAAACAUAAAGUUCUAUUCACUGGAAUUGCUGUUAAAGACUAUCAAAAACAUUUGACAAAAUUGGGACUACAAGAAACGGAAGAUAUUAAUAAAUGUACAAUUCUAGUAACUGACAAAGUAAGAAGAACUUUCAAAUUUCUUUGCGCCUUAUCACGUGGUAUACCAAUUCUAUCCGUGAAAUGGAUAAUGGAUAGUGCAAAAAAAUCGAAAAUUCAAGUACUUGAUGAUUAUAUUAUAAAUGAUUCAAUUGCUGAAAAUAAAUUUCAAUUUAAUUUAAAGGAAAGUCUCCAAAAGGCUAAAGAUAAAAAAAUGUUAGAUGGCUGGACAAUUGUGCUUACACCAAAUAUUACUGCUCCACCAGUAGAUGAAUUGAAAGAAAUGGUCAUUGCCUGCGGUGGAAAAGCAUUAUUACGAUCACCAACAAAAUGGACAAACGAUAUGAUAAUAAUUUCACAUGAACAAGAUUAUGAAAAUGCUAAAAAAUUCAUGACAAAAGCUCCAAAAACUGUACAACUGCAUUCAACAGAAUUUUUGUUAACUGGAAUAUUGAAGCAGGAAAUUAAUUUGAAAAAUUAUUUAUUAAAAAUUACGUGAGGCUAAAAAAUGAAAAAAAAAACUGUACAGUUUAAAUAAUUAUUUUACAAAUAUCACAUAUUUAGUUUUAUAUUUUUAUGUAUUUGAAACAUUAAAAAUGUAUCUUUAAUUUUUGUAUUAAAUAAAUGUGCGUUAACAUUAAA